UUCCAGGAGAAGAGUACGUAAGAUGCCAGAUGGAACGGCAUGGGCUGAAUUCUGGAGACUGAGUGUACAUCAAGAUACACCAGGCUGGGGAUAUACUUCUUACAGCACCUGCAGUGAAAGAAGGCAGAAACCUGAACCAGGACGAGAGGUUCCACAUCUGAUGAUCCAAGGAGACCAGAAGGACCUCUCCCAGUGGUACCAGGAGAUCUGGUCUACAUCCGAGUGUUCCGGAGGAAGUGGGAUCAGCCGAGGAGAGAAGGACCCUACGAGGUGGCAGCAGCCACAAUCACGGCCGUCCAAGUGAAAGGAAGCAAGACGUGGUAUCAUCUAAACCACUGUACAGAGUCCCGACGGAGAGAAGGACACAACCAUACCGAGGUGGGGACACAGAGGAUGCUGAUUCACCAGAGAGGACCCCGGAGGGAGCAGGAGCAGCGGAAUCAAUCAAAGCCCCGGGGAGGACUCAAGAAAAUGGCAGACCAAAUACAACGAGUGCAUCAGCUAACACACUCCGAAGAAGCACCAGGGGAAAAGAGCCUGAAAAGAAAAUAGACUGAAAAGUAAAGAGACAAACGACCAAAGUCUCCUCCAGUAUGGCCAGAAGGCCCAGAAGUGGGGGGGGUAACAUGUCUGCUACUACUGAUGAUAUACCGGUGUGGGCAGGCCUCUUUGACAGAAGCCCUCUACAGAGGGGCUCCGAGGUAUUGCCUAAAGAAUGGGAACAUCUCUUCCCUGAAAUGGAUGCCUUCUCAGAUGGAAGCCAGGUUCGGCCUGAGGAGGGAACAACAGGAGAAGAAAGCGGAGGAGAAGCAUUAUACCAAGAGCAGAAGGAGAAAUCGUGCAAGGAAGAACAGAAAUCCUGCAAGAUGAAAGAAAUGGGGAUUUCCCUACAAUUUACUUUUCAGCUCUUACCUGAUCUCCAUAAUGAACCAUUGGAAUUAGGACCACGAAAGAACAGUGACAAUGACAGAAUAAGAGCGACUGAGGACAAUACGAAGAUGAUGCACGCACUCACAAUCAAGAUAAAUGAUAAAAGCAGGAAGAGAAGAGAGGAACCUGUCGAACGAGGUAAAAAGACAGGACCUGUUGAUAGGUUUAAGUUCCAUGUUCCGCCACAACUUCUAACAGAACCAGGGGAACAGAGGACAGUUUCUGUAUGGAAGAAGAAACCUGUACCGGAGGAGUCACUCUGUGGAUGGACGCAUCAUAUAACAAAGGGAGAAGCUGUUUGGGACCCCAAAGGAUGUGAUCUGACACUAACCAAAUAUGUGGAAGGCUGGGAGUUUAUCAUGAACAAGAUGACACUAGUAGAAGGUGAAGAAUUUGACAUUGAAAUAGCAAGAACAGGACUGAGUGAAGGAAACAGAUACGAAUAUGUUAAAUUGGGUCCUAUGCCAGCACCUGAACAAAAACGGCUGGUGACAACCAAAGUAAUGACAACAAUGGUGGCGGCUGCUGUAACGACCAACUACCACUGAGAUGACACCAACUGCUCUUACCAAGCAGACCACAGCAAUCACAAGGACACCUGACACAUCAGAGUCAAAAGGAUUCUUUAAUGAGAUUUGGAAUUCUUUUUCAAACUCAAAUGAUCUAUUUCAUGACAAGAAACAUUGCCAAGAUGACAGAUAUAGAUGUAUCAGACUCAGAAUCGUUCAAAGACACGACACAGGAAGGAGAGGUGAAAAACGAAUGUACCCGAACCUGCAUCAUUUGAAGAAAUGUGUUAAAUGUAAAAUGUUCAAUAUUCAGAGAAAAUACUACAUUCCUUUGUGUGACAUAGAAUGUAGGAUUGCCCAUGGGAGCACUAGAGGCAGGACUGUGUUGAACAACACUGGGUUGGGUGACAAGGAUUGUGCUGUAUAUAACAUUUGAACUGAAUUAAAUGGACCUUUGUUAGAUGGAAACACUGUGAUUAAAGGAAUAUAUGAAUGUUUUUACAGCCAUAACACUGAAGGUAUUGAUGUAGGAAACACCACUGUAGAAUGUGAUACUAUUUGGGUACUAGAGACUGCAGGGGUUCGUAGAAAUAAAGAUAAAGGGUUGGUGGCAAAUAGAAAAGGGUUGUGUGGUAAAAUAACUCAGGUUGUGCCAUCUCUUGCUAAACAAUCAAGACAGAGGUCUUGCGGAUAGUUCUGGAUGUGUGGAAAUAACAAACUGUUGAAUGUACUGCCAGUUGGGUGGAUGGGUCUUUGUACUUUAGUUAGAGCAAUUCAACAGGUAACCAUUAUUAAAUCACCCCAUGAUGACUAUGUUAACUCUAGAGUUAAGAGGGCGUAUGAGAAAGACGCUGAGGUAUACUUGAUGCAAUUGGACAGCCUAGAGGGGUACUUCGGGAGUUUAAGGCAAGAGAUAAAGUUAAAUCUGGAUUUGAAUCUAUAUUUUUGUGGAUAACUCCAAAUAAGAACUUAGAGUGGAUUAAUUAUAUAUACUAUAACCAACAGAGAUACAUUAACUAUACUGACUCGGCUCUAAUGGCAUUAGGGGAACAGGUACAGGCUACCAGUAAAAUGUCUUGGCAAAAUAGACAGGCUCUUAAUUGGCUUUUGGCAGAGAAGGGUGGAGUUUGUGUUAUGUUCGGGGAUGAUUGUUGCACCUUUAUUCCCAAUAACACUGCGCCUAAUGGAUCCUUUGCAAUCGCUAUGGCUGGUUUGGGAUUGGUUGGACUUAGCAUUGGGGAAAUGGGGAGCCAUGUUUGCCAUGUUUGCUAGGAUGAUCUUUAUGCUGGAAGGGGGGAUAUUGGCUCUGGGUAUUGUAUUUUGUUGUGUUUUACCCUGGGUGAAAUCACUUGUGAUCCAGACAACGGUUAAACAGAUGUUUGUAAGUAGAGCUGACACUGGUGAUAGUUAAUCCUGUGCUAGGUAGGCCAGGCCUCUAUACUGAUGGGAAUGGACAGUUAUGCAAUGUGGUUGGUGGACCCCUUGACUGCCCUUUUGGUAAUCCAAACUGCCUGUAUGGAGUGGUCUCUGGAGGUGGUUACACUUGCCAGGGUUUUCAUAAGGAUGGUUUACAUGUAGAUGCUGACAUUCCAAAGUCAUAGGACAGUCAACUGAUACGUAUCCACAAAAAGGGUAUUUUCCAUAGUAAAUACAGGGGUACUAUGUAUUUCUAUUUUUGCUUUUGGUCUUGUGUUUUUGUAUGUUUUGUUGAAUGUUUUUUAUAGGUAUAUCGAUGAAUAUAUCUGGGUUUUCUUUUAAUUAAAAGUUAGUUUUGCCAAAAACAUGAAGGUAACAGUGGGAUAUCCCGGUUAUAAGUGUCUAUGGACCAUGUCCUUAAUCUUUAAACAGAGGUUGGUAUCAUGUUUGUUGAAGAGGUGUCUGAGAGGGAGAAUCAUGUUGAAAGCUUAAAUUUAGAAUGAUGUGUCAAUUUUAUUUUGUAACUGCAUGGAUGCCUAGU